AUGGCGACGUACGCCGCCAAUCCAACCGACAAGAACAACAACCUCCGUAGCGCGAUCUUCAACACGAUGAACACGGACGACACGCCAGGCUCCACCACCACGACAACGGCACCAUCCAGACUGCGCACUGUGAACAUCGGCAUGGGCUGCCCGGAAUUCCAGACAGCCUUUGACAGCGCCACGCCUGGAAGCCCCACUCCAUUCCGGUCUUUCACGCUGACCAAAGGUACCGGGUAUGCGUACGUGGCGCUGCACUUCAGCAAACUCUGGAUGCCGCGUGGUGUCUCUGUGGUGCUGCGCGCAGUGGAAGGCUUCGACUCGCCGGAUCGCACGCUUAACCUGUCCGCGAACUACCCGGGCGGUCAGAUGUACGACAACGUCCUCGCUCAGCCUCUGCUCUCGAAGGAGUUCCGUCUUGAAUUCUACCGCAACCAGGGCAGCCCCAACACCACUGAGGUUGAUGCUGACCUCAUCGCCGACACCUUCAGCGUGACUGACAGCGACGUGACGUGCUUUGGCUUCGUGGUCGACUCGUACUACUACGUGCUCAUGGACAACGACAACCCCAUCGUGGCCACCGACGAGUCCAUUUGCGCCGUUGACAACACCAAGGAGGCCAUUUGCUACUACGACGACAACACCACGCGCACUGCGUUCUUGGCUGCUCGGUCCGUGGCUCGACUGCUCAUUCCGAAGGGCCCGGGGGCUUCAGCAGGCUGCACGGCUUGGCUGCUAGGCAACCAGGGACACAUCAUGACCAACUACCACUGCGUGUCCACGGACGACGAGGCGAGUGGCACAACGGUGGAGUUCAUGGCCGAAGCCAGCGUCUGCAGCGACAGUAUGUCGUGUGCGUCAUGGGGGGCUUGCCCUGGUGAUACCGUCUCGGUGAGUGUUAACCUCGUCCACGCGGAUGAAGAGCUCGACUACGCGCUGCUGAAGCUGCCGUCCGAUGGACCUCAAACGGCUCAAAAGUACGGCUAUCUGCGCUUGAAGACGCGCGACGGAGUGGUGGGUGAGCAGGUGUAUAUUCCUCAGCACCCGCUGUAUGAGGGCAAGCGGAUCGCGAUGGUCGACGACUACACCAACAACGUCGCAUUGCUCAGUCUCAGUGCUAGCUCGUGCGGCACCGUGGGCUACUCGUACAGUGGUGACACCCAGAGCGGCUCUUCUGGAUCGCCAGUCAUUUCCUUCGCGGAUCACGGCGUCAUCGCGCUACACCACUGCGGUGAAAUGUGCGCGAACACGGGAAUUCCGGCGAAGAGCAUCAUCGACGACUUGAGGGCGAACGGUAUCAAUGUGGCGGAGUUUGACGGCGUUGACGAUGGAUCAAACCCGGCAGCCAACGCUGAGAGAUUCCCGUCGUACACCCCGCCGGCCCCUGAAGCUGCGCUGCCGCUAACGUCACGCCUGACAAUUGAUGGCGCUAUCAUCCUCGCUUCGAGCUACGUCAGCAUCGACUCCGUCAAGUUCACACUGAGCAGUGACACGGACGCCUCGUUCGACGUGCUCUCGGUUGAGAUUGCGGACAACGACACCUUCUACGACUUGAACGGGGACUGCCGCGCGUCCUACCUCGACUCGAUGAUUUACCUCUUCGCUGACGGAGACACGGACCCAGUGUUCACCGUCGACGACAGCCAGGUGGACAACGGGAACGACGACGGCUCCGUGAGCUACCGUGACCCGUUCAAGGAAACUUUCCUCAAGAAAGGAUCGUACACUCUCGUCAUCGCGCCGACUGGUGCUAGUGGGGACGACGCGCUUGCCGGCAAGACCAAGGCCGACUAUCCUCCAGAACUCUACACGUGCCGCACCCGCAGCUCGUACGGCUCCUACCGCCUCGUGAUCUCCAGCACUGUCGGCGACAACCCCUUCACCUUCACCAGCCUGCCUCCGACGGUAGCUAUCAACCCAGCGCUGUGCCACAAGAGUCCUGAAGCUAUCUGCCCCAGCUGA